CCAGAAGAGAAAGAAAGAAGCCAGAAAAAAAAAAAAAAUUCAACCAACCAACGGUGAUGACGGAGUCCACAUUCUCUAUCGCUAACCCACCGGAGAUACCUGAUCUGAACCCUAAUAUGCUAGCAGAUCCCGAUAUGAUCUCAGUCCCGCCGCUAGAUCCUCUCUUCCUCUCUGCUUCCGAUCCGAUUUCCGAUCUAAGCUUCUUCCUCGACGACGAGAACGGAGACUUCGCGGAUUUGGAUUUCUCGUUUGACGAUUCCGUCGAUUUCUUCGAUUUCGACCUCGACGCGGAGGCCCCGGUGGCAAUCACAGAAUCGAACGCGAACCAUGCGAAUAUGGAUUCACCGGAGACGAAGAACGUCGAUAGAGGUUUAGAAGAUCGAUCUGACUCUGUUCAUUCUCAGGUCUCGUCGCAAGGCUCGAAGACUUUGGCGUCAGGCGGUUGCGACACGUCAUCCUCCCCUGAGAAGUCUUCUGUGAGCAAGAGCAAGAGGAAGAAGGGAGACUCUGGAGGAGAUUACAGGAGCUUCAAGUAUCAAAAGUCUGAUGAGAAAUCAGCAACUCCUGUGGGAGAGGACGAUGAGAAGAAGAAGGUGAGGCUGAUAAGGAACCGUGAGAGCGCUCAGCUUUCGAGAUUAAGGAAGAAGCAAUACGUUGAGGAGCUUCAAGGGAAAGUGAAGAGCAUGAACUCCACCAUUGCUGAAUUGAACGGGAAAAUAUCUUACGUUAUGGCUGAGAAUGCAGCGUUAAGGCAGCAGAUGAUGGCUGCUUCUGGUGCUCCUGCUCCUAUGAAUCCUUACAUGGCUGCACCGCCUUUACCUUAUCAGUGGAUGCCGUAUCCUCCGCCGUAUCCUUAUGGAUCACAGAUUCCAUUGGUUCCUAAAUUGCCUCUCCCGAGUUGUAGUAGACCGAAGAAGGGAGAGGGGAGAAGCAAGCUCAAGAAGGUUGCUAGUAUCAGUUUUAUUGGGAUUCUGUUCUUUAUGUUCUUGUUUGGUACGUUGGUUCCGUUUAUGAAUGUUGACAAUGGAGGAGAUAGUGGUUUGGCUAAGUAUGAGGGUCGUAGGUAUUAUGAUGAGCAUAGAGGGAAGGUUCUUAUGGUUGGUGAUGGGUCUGAUGUUAGAAGAGGAAGUGUCCAUUCUAGUAGAGAUAGUUGUGGGGGAGUAGAAGGAAGAGUGAGCAAUUCCAGUGAGCCUCUCUUUGCUUCUCUCUACGUUCCAAGGAACGAUGGGCUUGUGAAGAUCGAUGGGAACUUGAUCAUUCACUCUGUUUUGGCUAGCGAGAAAGCUAAGAAGAAUGUGUCUGAGACGAUAAAAAGCGAAGAACCUGAUUUGACGGUUCCUGGUGCUCUGUCUUCUGCAUUAGCUGUCCCUGAUGUGAGAGGAAAUGGGGCAAUGCUUCCACAUUCUUCCAAGGCUCUCUCUUCUGGUUCGCCUGAUGGGAAAAGACUUCACCAGUGGUUUCAUGAAGGUGGCGCAGGGACACUAAUGGAUUACAGCAUGUGCACCGAGGUCUUCCAGUUCGAUAUAUCUCCAGGUGCUAUAGUCCCAUCAUCAGUCUCCAACAUUACAAGGGAGCAUCUCCAGAAUGUCACCACCACCCGAGACAAGAGAAUGAAGAACAGGAGGAUUCUCGAGGGGCUUCCGGUUUCACGUUUGGCAUCUGAGCUUAACAUCACGGAAGCCCAGGCGAGCAAAGACGCCCAAAACAAGAGCUUUCAUGGGAAAGCUAAUACCAAACCCACAUCAUCAUCAAUGGUUGUUUCAGUGUUGCUUGAUCCAAGGGAGGUCGUUGACUCUGAAACCGAUAGAGUCAUGCCCUCAAACCCGAAAUCACUUUCCCGGAUCUUCGUGGUGGUGCUUCUAGACAGUGUCAAGUACGUUACCUACUCAUGCGUUCUUCCCCGGUCAGGUCUCCAUCUUGUGGCUACCUGAAUCCGACAUAGCUCGUUUUUUUUUACUCAUCUUGACCCAAAAGUAGACGGACCAUUGACUUGUUAUAUAUACAAAAAACACCUUUGUGACU